AAUCGGACGAGCCGGUAAAUCCCCUGUAAACGCCGCCGUCGUCUUCCGCUUUAUAUAUAAAUCCAUCAGUCGACCCACCUUCGGAGCUUAAUAUCCAAAUUCUUAUCGUGAAACAAUGAUAGAACAGAGAAAACCCACAAUUUCUCAUUCAUAAGAAGACCCCACCCGAUCAUUUAGUCUAUCUCCCUAAGCACAUACACUAACACUGCAUAAUUUUUUGAGAGAGUUACAGUAAUACUUUUAGCUUCAACUCCGCAACCAAUGUCCAGAAAAGGAGGAGCCUCCCUACAAAAAGAUGUGCCCUGGAGGGCAUCCCCUGGUUCCAAGCCCAUUCCUAAAAUUCACCUUUCCCCAGUUCUUCGUCUCCCUCAAACCCCCCUUUCGGAAUAUGCUCUCUCUGUUAUGAAGCACCCAGACCCCAUUGGGAGUGGGCUAGGGAAGGAGGCUAUAUUGGAAGCAGCAGGGCCAGAUUGCAUUGUGCCUGGACAGAUUGCACCUGUUAAAUUACUUGGUCUUAAGGUAUGGCCCAUUGAGAUCGACAUGAAGUUUAUUGAACCAGUUGGAAGGGAACUCAAAUCAAUUGGAAGGGUAAAUUUCAUGCAUUUGAACUUUUUAAUACUGCAUUGUUCUUUUAUCAGUUUGUUUUGGGAGUUAGAUAAUCAAGCUGGCUCUAGUACUAUAUGGUUAAUGCCAGAUUCCCUGCUGCCAAACCUUGAGAGGUAGUUCAGUGGUCAAGUCUUGGAUUUGUUUCCCAAUGGUUACUGGUUCAAAUCCCCUCAGUGCCACUGAAGUAAGUAUUUGACUGUAAACUUCAGAGCUCUGUGGGAUUAGUCGAGGUGUGCAUAAAUUGCCCAGAUACCCACGGUCAUAUUUAAAA